AUUGACUUCCCAUUUUUAACUGUUAUUAUUUACAAAGUAUAUUGUCAUUGUAAGGAGUUAGGAAUAUUCAAGUUGGAAUGCAAUUGAAACAUCUAAAAACGUUAAUUCCUGCACAAGAUGGACCAUCCCGAAUCAUGGCACUGGCAUGGUCACCAAACAACUUGAAGCUAGCAGUCUGCAAUGCUGAUAGAAUCAUCAUUUUGUUUGACGAAACGGGUGAAAAGAAAGAUAAAUUCCCUACAAAGCCUUCAGAUCCUAAGAAUGGGAGGAAGAGCUACGUUGUGAAAGGUCUAUCAUUUUCCCCAGACUCAACUAAACUAGCAGUUGCCCAGUCUGAUAACAUAAUUUUCAUUUAUAAACUCGGGGAAGAUUGGGGAGAUAAGAAGGUGAUUUGCAACAAGUUUAUACAGCAGUGUCCGGUGACGUGUUUGAUAUGGCUGACUGAGGGUCCAGUGGUCUACGGACAGGCGGACGGGAAGGUCAGGGCAGCCCAUGUAAAGGCCAAUAAAUCUCAGACUCUCUACGCCACCAACUCCCAUGUUAUCGCGCUGGCACCCAAUGUUAGAGGUACAGGGUUUCUGUCAGGCCAUGCUGAUGGUACUAUUGUGAGAUAUUAUGUGGCAGAGGAUAGUAAUGCAAGUGAACAGCAGGGCCGGGUGGUGACACACCCAGUACCUCCCUAUGCUCUAGGGUGGGCAGCCGGUCACAUAGUGGCAGCCGGGUGUGACCGUCGAGUCACUGUGUAUGACACUGGAGGUAGAGUCAUCAAACAGUUUGACUAUCCUAAUGAGCAAGAGUUCACAGUAGCUUGUUGUAGUCCUAGUGGACAAGCCGUGGCUAUUGGCAGUUACGACAGGGUGCGCGUGUUUGCAUGGAGCCCGCGUCAGUCUGCGUGGACUGAGCAGCCAGCCAAGGAGAUCCCUGACCUGUACACUGUCUCCGCUCUAGCCUGGAAGAGAGACGGCUCUAGAGUAGUGUGUGGCGCUCUCUGUGGAUCUGUCGAGCUCUUUGAGUCCGUCCUCAAACGUACAGUGUGGAAGGACAAGUUUGAGAUGACCUAUGUAGGACCGAGCCAAGUCCUGGUCAAGCCACUGCAGGGUCAGACCCGUGGAGUCAUACUCAAGAGUAAGUUUGGACAUGAGAUUGACGAUGUGAGGAUCAUGGGACAGGACAGAUACCUAGUGGCUCGCACUCCCGAUACAUUGCUGCUUGGAGACUUGCACCGUAACUUGCUCAGUGAGGUUCCAUGGCCAGACACUGGCAGGCUGGAGAGGUUCUACUUUGACAACCCGAAUGUUUGUCUCAUCUUUAAUGCUGGGGAGCUCAGUCUUGUGGAGUAUGGGACCAAUGAAAUUCUUGGAUCAGUCAGAACUGAAUUCAUGAAUCCACAUCUAAUAAGUGUUCGGCUGAAUGAACGAAAGCAGCUCAAUUCCAGUGAAGACAAUAAGAAGUUGGCUUAUCUUUUAGACUUGAAGACGAUUUGUAUUGUGGACCUGGUGUAUGGGAUGACUCUUCUGCAGCUGGCUCAUGACUCCAAGAUAGACUGGUUGGAGCUGAAUGAGACAGGACACAAGUUGCUGUACAGAGACAAGAAGAUGCGACUGACACUGCUAGACACUCGUACUGGCCAGAGACAUGCGAUACUCAGCUACUGCACGUUUGUACAGUGGGUGCCGGGUAGUGACGUGGUAGUUGCACAGUCCCGCAACAACGCCUGUGUCUGGUACAACAUUGACACUCCUGACAGAGUCUCUAUGUUCCCUGUGAGAGGAGAGAUCGUUGAUGUGGUGAGGGCUGAUGGCAAAACUGAGAUACUUUCUCAAGAUGGGAACCACCAGCUGGGCUAUGAACUGGAUGAAGGGCUUGUGGAGUUUGGCACGGCUGUACAUGAUAGUGACUUUGGUCGAGCUGUGUUGUUCCUGGAGAGCCUUGGACAGAACGUAGACGCCGAGGGGAUGUGGCAGAACCUGGCUGACAUUGCACUGCAGCUGGGGAACCUUCGAGUGGCGGAGAGGUGUUAUGCUGCUCUUGGUGACAUGUCUAGAACUCACUAUCUCCGGGAGACUCUCAAGAUAGCGACAGACUUUGCUGCUCAACAUGGGGGAGACGGGAUGGACUGCCCAGAAGUAUGGGCUCGCAUGGCCAUCCUCAACAAACAGCUCAAGACUGCAGAGACAAUAUACCUGGAGCAGAACCAACUGGACAAGGCCCUGGACAUGUACAUCAGACUGCAUAAGUGGGACCAAGCUAUCUCAUUGGCUGAGACGAAGGGUUACUCAGGUCUGCCUGAGUUGCAAGCUCGUCAUCUCCAGUGGUUGUUGGACACAAGACAGGAGGAGAGAGCUGCAGAACUGAAGGAGAAGACUGGAGAGUACACAGCUGCACUCAGUCUAUACCUGAAGGCCAACAUGCCUGCAAAGGCUGCAAGACUGGUGACAAGUGUGCCAGAGCUGGUGGGCAAUGAGGAGGUGGUGGCUCGUGUAGUGGCAGCCCUGCUAAAGGGAGAACACUUCACACAGGCUGGCCAACUGUACGAGGCCAUCAGUCAGGUGGACAAGGCCAUGGAGUGCUACAGGAAGGGGAAUGCAUACGCCAAGGCAGUGGAGCUGGCCAGAUAUGUAUCGCCUAAAGAAGUGGUAGUACUGGAGGAGCAGUGGGGUGACUACUUGACAACUAACAAGCAACUGGACGCUGCUAUCAGUCACUACAUAGAGGCUGGCAAGACUGUCAAGGCACUGGACGCAGCUCUCGGCUCUCGACAGUGGAAGAAGGCUGUGCAGAUCAUACAGGUUAUUGAAGACACUAGCCUGGUAGCCAAGCACUAUGCACAGCUGGGUCGUCACUUUGCCUCAGUCAAAGACUACAAACUAGCUGAGCAUCUCUUCUCUCAAGCUGGCCUCUACAGAGAAGCAAUAGAAAUGUACAUCCAUGCAGGUGACUGGGACAAGGCGCACACCCUGGCCACACGACACCUGGAGCCUGACCAGGUGACUCGGAUGUUCCUCAAGCAGGGUCAGGCGCUGGAGACCGUCGGCAAACUGAAGGAGGCAGAGAAACUGUACGUGGCCGUGGACCAGCCUGAUAUGGCCAUAGCUAUGUACAAGAGUCAGCGUCAGUAUGACCAGAUGAUGAGGCUGGUACAGCAGCAUCGUGCUGACCUGGUGCUGACUACUCACCAUCAUCUGGCUCAGCAACUGGAGUCCGAGGGUAACCUGAGAGGUGCUGAGCAACACUACUUGGCUGCUGACCAGUGGAAACUGGCAGUCAAGAUGUACCGAGGGUUGGACAUGUGGGACGAUGCUUAUAGGGUGGCCAAGACUGGUGGUGGGGAGCAGGCAGGACAACAAGUUGCUUUUCUCUGGGCAAAGUCUUUAGGUGGAGAUUCCGCUGUCAAACUUCUCUCCAAGUUUGGUUUACUCGAGACUUGUAUAGAUUAUGCGUGUGACAGUUAUCAGUUUGAGUUUGCAUUUGAGUUGGCCAAGUCAGGCAUCAAGUGGAAAAUGUCUGACAUACAUUACAAGUAUGCCAUGGCUCUGGAAGAUGACGGCAAGUUUAAGGAAGCCGAGGAACAAUUCAUCAAAGCAGGGAAACCCAAGGAAGCAGUAAUGAUGUACAUGCACAGUCAAGACUGGGAGAGUGCAGAGAGAGUAGCCCAGGAGCAUGAUGAAGAGUCACUAGGUCAGGUGUUGCACGCUCAGGCUAAACAAGCCUUCCUGGCCAGCAACUAUCAGCUGUUUGAGUCCCUGUUGCUGCGCGCUCACAAGCCUGAACUCAUCGUCAAGCAGUAUCAGGAGGCAGGAUUGUGGGUCGAUGCUCUAAGAGUGUGUCGAGAAUACCUACCAGCCAAACUGGCCAGUCUACAAGCAGAGUAUGAGAGGGAAGUAGGCUCCAGGGGUGCUAGGGAUGUCACAUCCAUCCUCAGUCAGGCACACCAGUGGCAGCAGAGUGGCGAGUACAAGACAGCAGUGGACUGUUAUCUGAGAGUCAACAACAACAACUGUCGAGACCCCAGCACUGUGUUGAAGGCUCUCACAGAGGCUGCGUCCAUCACCAACAAGUAUCUGGAGGGAGACGAGGGAUACGCUGCAGCUAGAGCUCUCUGUCCGCGGCUCAUAGAGUUGAAGCAGCACAGCCUGGCGGCCCAGACAUACCUGGCUGUAGACUUGGUCAAGGAGGCGGUGGAUACGUUCAUGCUGGCUGAAGAGUGGGCCAAGGCCAAGAAGGUGGCACAGGAGUUCCAACCAGGUCUGGAGGCGUAUGUGGAAGAGAAGUACAAGGAGUCGUUGAGGCGUCAAGGCCGAGCGGAUCAGUUGGCCGAUGUAGACAUAAUCUCGGCCCUGGAUCUGCUGUGUGAGCGCGGCCAGUGGUCCAAGUGUCUGGAGACAGCUCGACCUCACGGCCCCCAGGUGCUGCACAAGUACGUGGCACUGUACGCCACCCACCUCAUCAAGGACGGGGACACACUGAAGGCCCUCAGCUUGUACACUCAGAUGGGAGCUCCAGCUUUCCCACAGAACUACAACAUCUACCGGCGCAUCAGUGUAGACGUGAUAGCCACUACAGGGGCGUCUGGCACAGAGGUGUAUGCUACAUGGGCCAGGCUCAGGAACAUGCUGUACAAACUGAGCGAAGGUAUGAGUGGCAGCAGUGAUGGCGGUAGUGCCACUCAUUACGAGUUCCGAGUGUUGAUGCAAGUGGCUCACUACUGUGCUCUACGGGCCGUUCUGUCUGGCAUCAAGGACAUGGAGCAACUGGUGGCCAACAUCAGCAUUGCGAUGCUGCGUCACUCCGAUGUCAUUCCUGCUGACAAAGCGUUCUACGAGGCUGGUGUACAUGCCAGGGAGGUGGGGAGAGACAGUGAGGCGUUUGUGUUCCUCAACCAUUACCUCGACAUUGUUGAGGCUAUUGAGGAAGGCAGCCUCGACUCCCUUGACUACUCAGACUUUGUCGCCACAGACUUUCCCCAGGAGAUCCCACUGCCUGCAGGUCCGUACCUGCCUCAAGCAGAACACGAGGCAGUCAAGGAGUGGGUGCUGGCUGUCUCUAUGGACCAGAGCGUCCAGCAGGUUCUCCCCCUAGACUCUAGGGGUCUCUACCCGUCUGCACUGGUCGGCCAAGACUCCGCCUCCACUCCGGUCCCUCCCUGUGUGGUCACUGGCUACCCAGUGUUUGGUGUGCCCUCGCAGACCGUCACGUUCAAGCGUGCUGGCUGUGUGGCUAACCGGGAGGACUGGAACCGGCUGACUAUGGCUGCGAGACUCUCCCCUACCAACACAGACCUGCAGGACACUUUCAAGUUUAUCUCAGAGUGGUGCGGCGCUCUGCCUAACUUCUCGUUUUAAUAGAUAAUGCAACAUAGAGCCUUUAUUAGGUAUUUUUGUUUUUGUCUACAUGAAAGGGAAAGAGUCAAAACCAACUCAAGAACCCCUUAGUUGUGCAUUUUUUUAUCAAGGAAUAAUUACCUCCAGAUUAACUUGGUUGAUUAACUCUUAGUUCCAGUGGAAUAUUUUUUGUGUCUAGUGUAAAGUUUUUGGUUUUUUUUACAUUUUUUCGCCUGGAUGGACUAUUUCAUUUGUGAUACGGCUGCUGCUAUCCUAACAAAAACUCUAGAUCCUUUCAAUAGUCCAUUGUGAUUUUAUUAGCUUUGAAUAUGUUGAAUUGAGUAAAAUAAAUAAACCAAAUAUUCUACAGAUUUUUUAUGUAAAAAAUAUGGUUGUGUUGUGAACCAUUGAUUAGCAUCAAUUACUAGCAUCUAGCAUCAUUGAAUAGCAUCAAGCACUGGAGACAAAUGUUCAACUGAUAAAGUUUGAUGUAAAAAUACCACAUUAAGUUCUAAAGAUGCAUUAACUACUUAUUUGGCAAAUUUUAAUAUUAUAAAUAUAAUUUGGCUUAACUUACACAAUCAGGCUUACCUUGUUAACUUAACGUUUUGUUGUUGGAAAUUAUUUUUUACUUUCAUCCAUAAGAAUAGACCAAGUUUGCUAUUUUUUGUACCAACACAAAAUUUGAAUAAAACACUAAAACAGACUACAUCUGAGAAGACAAUUUAUUUUAAGACAAAAAUAUUGCUUGUGAUUGUUAACAUUUUUUUUUACAGUUAAUUUACUUACUUUUUAAAGUUUACAUUUCACCAUCACAAUAAAGACACAUUUUGUAGCCUACAUUUAGGUCUACAUGAAAGGGAAAGAGUCAUACCCAACACAAGAACAAGAACCCCUUUGUUGUGCAUUUUUAUGAUUCUACGCUUGAUAUUAAUUUUUGCUGUACAGCUAAAGAGCCCCCCAAAACUGGUACAGUGUAGUUCUAAAACAUAUUUUGUGUAUUCAUUACCUAGUUGCUCCCAUAUCAUGUUAAAUACCAAACUGAAGGUUUUCUAAUGUACAAAAUAUACAAUGAUUUAAAUGUUCUAAAUAAUCUUUCUAAGCUCCCUCAAGUAUUUUUUUAAACUCCCUGUAAUAAAACA